AAAUAGAAUAGCUGGCCUACUAAUCUACAAAAGUUUUAGUACUUGGGAGCAAAAAUUUAAAAAAAUUAUUACAUAAAAUUUAAAGUUUACAUUAAAACAUUUUAUUCCUAUGUCGAAUUGGGCAACACACGGAUUUAAAAAUUAAACAUGGCUCCCAUAAGAAGCAUGGCCGCAAAAAACAAAAACAAAAACGAGGAUGGAAAGAUAAUUAAAGAAAAAUCUAAACCCAAAUGGACCAACAAACAAAGAGUGUUGGUUUUCUGUCAAAGAGGUAUAAAUUUCAGAGCACGCCAUUUAAUGUUAGAUCUGCGAACAUUGAUGCCUCACGCUAGAGCAGACAACAAACUGGAUAGGAAAGACAGACUGUCUAUUGUCAAUGAGGUAUGCGAGAUGAAAAACUGUAACAAGUGUAUAUUUUUUGAAAUGAGGAAGAAAAAGGACUUAUACAUGUGGGUAUCUGACAUUCCUCAUGGUCCAUCAGCGAAAUUUUUUGUUGAAAAUGUACACACUAUGGACGAGUUAAAACUGACUGGGAAUUGUCUCAAGGGAUCUCGACCUAUAAUAUCAUUUGACAAGAAAUUUGAUGAAAGUCUUCCAUAUCGCUUACUGAAACAAAUGUUUCAACAGGUGUUUAAUACUCCGUACCAACAUCCUAGAAGCAAACCUUUUGUGGAUCGUGUGCUUAAUUUUACAAUAAUCGAUCAUAGGAUAUGGGUCAGAAAUUAUCAGAUCGUCAACCAUAAUGAUAUGUCGCUAACUGAAAUAGGGCCACGUUUCGUGCUGAAUUUAAUUCGUAUAUUUGAUGGUAGCUUUGUCGGUGCAACGAUCUAUGAGAAUCCUCACUACGUCUCACCCAACGAGCAUCGUCGAAACAUCCGCAAACAAGCGGCGUUACGUUACAUGAGUCGACAAAUCGCUAAAGAAAAACACGACGAGAGGAUCGCGGAAAGAGAAAGUUUUGUCCAAGAGAGCUUAGACGAUAUAUUUCACACGGUAACGCAAGGUGAUAUUAUCGAGGCAAGAAACAAACGAAAAUAAUGCGCGCUAAUCUUGAUAACCCAUUCCGGUUUGGUGUCAUGUGCAAGAGUGAUCAAGCCUUCUUUACGCUGAAGUCCAACUUAAGUUGCAUAGAAAGAAAAUGAAGAGAUUUUUUAUAACUUUUGAUCAUUUAAAGAAUAUGAUUUUGGUUACGGAUAUACCAUGUUAUAUAUUUUCUAUGCAAAAUUGUAAAGAGACGGGGGUAGGAAGGACUUUUGAUAAAAUAGAUAGUAGGAAUAUCUCAUCAAACAACUUGAGUGUAUUUUAACACUGCGUAAAAUUUUCGUCACCUCGUAAAAGUUCCUGUUUCGCAUCUGUCGCACCUAUACUGGUUCGGAGAAGAUUUAAAAACAAAGUUUAGUUCCAGAUAAGGGUCGUCGUUAAAAAGACAACAGAGUUAUAGAUAAGUGUAUUAAAUUUGUCGCUUUGUGCAUGAGAUUAUUUUGACAUUCAAGUUUUCACUGCUCUGUAAUACCGUUGUAUGGGUUUGUAAUGCAUAGAUUUUUAUAAAAAUACCUCAUUUUUACUAAA